AUGUGGAAUGUGCGGCGAUUUCUCACGUCUUCGCGCUCGAUCGCUUCAGCAGUUUUUUCAAGCAGGCCGAAAAUCAAGGUAGCCAAUCCAGUGGUGGAACUGGACGGCGAUGAAAUGACACGAAUCAUCUGGGCUGAGAUUAAGAAAAAGCUCAUUCUUCCGUAUCUUGAUAUUGAUAUCCAGUACUUCGAUCUUGGCUUACCCAACAGAGAUGAAACCAAUGACGAGGUUACCCGUGUUGCUGCUGAAGCGAUCAAGAAAUACAAUGUUGGCAUCAAAUGUGCUACAAUCACACCGGAUGAGGCAAGAGUAAAGGAGUUCAAGUUGAAAAAGAUGUGGCUUUCGCCGAACGGAACAAUUCGCAAUAUUCUCGGUGGUACGGUUUUUCGUGAACCAAUUCUGUGUAAGAACAUUCCACGUCUUGUACCGGGCUGGAAAAAGCCGAUAGUCAUUGGUCGACAUGCAUUCGGAGAUCAGUAUAAAGCUACCGAUGUAGUGAUACCACAAGGGUCAACGUUGCAACUGGUAAUUAAAGGACCAGAUGGCAAGGAAAAUGUAAGAAAUGUAUUUACAUUUGAUAAAUCAAGUGGCAUUGGAAUGGCUAUGUAUAACACUGACGAGAGCAUACGAGGCUUUGCACAUUCAUGCUUCCAAUACGCAUUAAUGAAGAAGUGGCCUCUGUAUCUUAGCACGAAAAAUACAAUUCUAAAACAAUACGACGGACGAUUUAAAGGCAUUUUCCAGGAGAUAUAUUCAACGACUUAUGAGUCAGAUUUCAAAACGGCCGGCAUAUUUUAUGAACACAGAUUAAUUGAUGACCAGGUCGCUCAAUGCUUGAAAAGUGCGGGAGGUUUUGUUUGGGCGUGUAAGAACUACGAUGGUGAUGUUCAGAGUGACAUUGUUGCACAGGGUUAUGGUUCUCUUGGUUUAAUGGCGUCAGUGUUGGUGUGUCCAGAUGGAAAAACGAUCGAAGCAGAAGCUGCACAUGGCACUGUUACUAGGCACUACAGAGAACACCAAAAAGGAAAUCCCACUUCUACGAACCCUGUUGCUUCAAUUUUUGCUUGGACACGAGGGCUACAUCAUCGAGGAGUUCUAGACCAGAACGAAAUGUUGAAAAGAUUUUCGCUAACUUUGGAAAAGGCAUGCAUUGAGACCAUAGAGGAGGGAAGAAUGACAAAGGACCUUUCUAUUUGUAUUCAUGGUUCAAAAAAAGGUUCUGAGAAUGGUAUGUUCCUUCUGACCGAAGACUUCCUACUAGCUGUUGAGACAAAACUUGCCAGUUUGAUGACGUAG